CCUCGUCUCAGUUCUCCUUUCUCAGCAGAUUGGAAAAGCCUCCCGCUUCGUCGUACACACACCAGACUCGUCCUUCUACGGCCCACCCACCCACCGGACGCCAAACGCUCGGCCCGUGGAUGCCACAUUGGUCUCAAUGAGUGGUAGUCCACAGCGGCGUCGCUUGAGGUCGCCUCCGCCUCCGUUGCUGCCGCGCUCGCCUCAACGGUUGCGACCUCUGAGCCGCCACGACGACGCCGACGCCGACGACGACGACGAUGACGACGACGCGUUCAUGGACCUGGAUCAAGCAGAGGACGCUGACGAGCAUGGUACCACUGCUGCGAGGUCGGCUGGGACGAGCGCCACUCCCUUCGCAUGGCUCAGAAGCGCAGGUCUGAGGAGCAACAAUAACGUCGGACCAAGUCAGAGCAAACCAAGACAAAAUGGAGCACCUCUCAAGUCACUUGCACCUCAAGGCGAGCCGAUCGUCAAGCGAGCGCGCAUUGAGGUCGACUCGCAAACUCAAUCGAACGAGCUGAUCAUUGCGAGUGACGAGUCAAGCCUCGGUGAAAUUGUGCUCGACCAAGAGGACGUCCGGCCAAGUCGUACUAGCGUGGUGGAUGCGGGCGCGACAGUGUCAGUCGGAUCACAAUCGUCUGCCGGCUCCAUCACCCUCGGCGAGUCUGCUGAAGCUGCGAUCGAGUCCUCAGCUUCACUCCAAGUUUUGUCCGGCGAUGACGAGCAGCAAGAGGCAGAUGCACUCAACACUGUCCCUCAUACCGCGCCUGUGCAAUCCGAGCCUGUUGAUGUCAAACCGACCGUUGAUGUCAAACCCAGCGUUGCAGUCCCCGUCGUUGCGCAUCAAAUUUUCACAGGUGUGCGAGCAUUUGUGCUUGCCAGUGGAACAAUAUCACAGCAACGCAAAGCACUACUCGAGAGCAAGAUUGUUCACGCUGGUGGCACGACGUCUGUUUGUAUUCUGCCUCAAUCCACCACGCACAUUAUUGUUGGCAGUGACCUCUCGUAUGAUCGAUUGGUGAACGCGAUUGCCCAGUUCUCUCCAUCCACCAAAGUCAAGCUUGAGGUGCCUGCGUCACACGCAGCUCCUCUCGUUUUGUCGGCCGACUGGGUGACCAACUCGCUCGUUCGAGGAAGGAGACUGCCGGAUGAAGAUUUUGUCAUUCGCACAGGCCCAACAACAUCCGCCCUGUCUCGCGUUCCAAAUCCAUCAUCGCAGGAGUCCAGCACGGAAAGUGCCAGCCCGCAUUCUCCGUUACCAACCGCUGCCGCUUGUAAGGCAGCUAGUCCAGCAGCGCCCUCCUCGUUAGAGUGGCUCGAGAGCGACAGCGAGAAUGGCAUUGAUUUGGUUUCGGAUGAAUUCGACUCGACCUCUGCCGCACAUCCCCCAGCAGCUUUCACGACCUUUCGCCCUUCACGCAAGAGCGAGGUACCACCUGCUAUGAGACACCGUGAAGUCUCCUCUACCGACGAUGCUGACUCGAGUGCGGAAGAUACGAAUGCCAGCGCGUCCCCCUUCUCCAACCCCAAGUACGUGUGCUUUCUUCCCGUUCCCCGGCAGCACAGUAACAUGCACAUUACGGACCAACUUGCCUGCAUUGAAGACUUUUAUUUUUUGAGCGGAGACGAAUCCCGAGCGCUGGCCAUGCGUCGGAGCUUGUGCGUGAUUGCCGCGCUUCCCCGACGACUGACUCGGAUACAAGACAUUCAAUCGCUCCACAACAUGGGGCAAAGUUCACGCGCCAUCGUCAAGGAAAUUCUCGACAAGGGACGCAGCACUGCUGCGACUUGCAUGGCGAACGAUCCAAAAUACACGACCAUGCUGCAGUUCCGAUCUAUCUACGGUUGCGGCCAGCGCAUUGCCCAGGCGUUGUACGAGCGCGGAUAUCGAACGAUUGCCGAAAUUUGCGCCGACCGGUCGUGGGUGGCGGACUUUCCGUUGUCGGCCGAGCGACUCGAGUGGGGGUUGACGUUGCACACGGAGCUUGGCAGCCAAGUUCCUCGCGACGAGGUCAAACAGCUGGGCGAUUGCGUUUACAAGUACGCCAACACCAUCCUUCCAGGGGUGAUGAUGACGAUUGGCGGCGGGUACCGGCGCGGAAAGCCGGCCAGCAAGGACUGCGACUUUAUCUUUACGCACAAUGAUUCUGACGCGAUCGAGUUUCUCCUACCUCAGCUGCUUCUCCAGCUCCAAGUGGCCGGGCUCGUUGUUCAUGCCAACACCCAAGUGGGGCACAACACUCCAGAGCGCAUCAUUAACUAUCACUAUCCAAUCAUCUCGGACUUUACGCACCGACCGCUGCUAGACUGUACCGACCGAAGCUUCACCAUCUUCAAGAGCCCCGUCAGUGGGCUGCAUCGGCGCAUUGACAUCAUUUGCGUGCCAAGAACGCAAUACGCGUACACGGUGCUCGCUUGGACUGGAUCCAAGCAGUUCAAUCGCUCGUUACGCCUGUACGCCGAGCGUGAGCUUGGCUGGACGCUAUCGAGCCAUGGUCUGCUGCAGAUUUACUCCGAAAGUGGCGACUCCGAGCAGCAGCAGCAGCAGCAUCAGCAUCAUCAGCAAAAGUCGGAACAACUCGGUCGGACGCACAAUGGCAAGCAAGUGUCCUUUGUCCCUCCCGUGCUCACCGAGCGUCAAGUGUUUGCCCAGCUGAAGGUUCCGUAUCUCGAGCCCUGGCAGCGGAAUCACUGAGCGGUGUGGUGUGGAGUGGAGUGAG